AUGACCUCCCCUCCUUUGAGGUCAACACCUGCUCCCCACACGUGCUCCCCACACCUGAUCCCCACAUCUGCACCCCACACCAGCUCCCCACCACCUGAUCCCCACACCUGCUCCCCACACCUGCACCCCCACAUCAGCUCCCCACACCCGCGCCCCCACACCUACUCCCCCACACCUGAAUCCCACACCUGCUCCCCCACCCCAGCUCCCCCACACCUGUUCCCCACACCUGCUCCCCCACACCUACUCCCCCACACCUGCACCCCACACCUGCUCCCCCACCCCAGCUCCCCUACACCUGCUCCCCACACCUGCCCCCACACCCCCUCCCCCACACCUGCUGCCCAUGCCAGCUCCCCAACACCUGCUUCCUACACCUGCAUCCCCACACCUGCUCCCCACCCCCUGCUCCCCACCCCCUGCUCCCCUACACCUGCACCCCACACCUGCUCCCCCACACCUGCUCCCCCACACUUCCUCCCCCACACCUGGUCCCCCACACCUGCUCCCCACCCCCUGCUCCCCUACACCUGCACCCCACACCUGCUCCCCCACACCUGCUGCCUACACCUGCUCCCCACCAUCUGCUCCCCACCCCCUGCUCCCUACACCUGCUCCCUCACACUUGCUCCCCCACCUGGCUCUCCCACACCAGCUCCCCCACACAUGCUCCCCACACCUGCACCCCCACACCAGCUCCCCACACCUGCACCCCACCCCCUGCUCCCCUACACCUGCUCCCCCACACUUCCUCCCCCACACCUGGUCCCCAACACCUGCUCCCCAUCCCCUACUCCCCUACACCUGCACCCCACACCUGCUCCCCCACAGCUGCUCCCUACACCUGCUCCCCACCACCUGCUACUCACCCCCUGCUCCCCACACCUGCACCCCACAGCUGCUCCCCCACACCUGCUCCCUACACCUGCUCCCUCACACCUGUUCCCCUACACCAGCUCCCCCACACAUGCUCCCCACACCAGCUCCCCACACCUGCAUCCCCACACCUGCUCCCCAACACCUGCUCCCCCAAGCCUGCUCCCCACACCAGCUCCCUGA